AUGACCAAGCGGUUCGAGUUCAACUGGCAGAUUCCCGUUCCUGAACCCUUGCUUCAAGGAGCUGUGUUUGAUAGAUGGACAGAAGAAAAGGAUAACACCGAGUUGGAGAAGGAAUGCCUCUUCAAGGUUGAUGAGUAUGGCUUCUUCAUCUAUUGGAAGAGUGAAGGGAAGGACGGUGACGUGAUAGAAUUGUGCCAAGUCAGCGAUAUUAGGUCUGGAGGGGUGCCAAAGGAUACCAAAUUAAACGAUAAACUAACGACCAAGCAUGGCAAAGACCUGGAAGACAAAUCCCUGACAAUAUGCAGCGGUACAGACUACAUUAAUAUCAACUACCAGCACGUGGUCUGCCCAGAUGCCAACACUGCAAAGGUCUGGUUGGAGGGUCUCAGAAAGAUCACUCACAACGUGAAAGCGAACAACGUGUGCCCGAUGACGUGUCUCAAGAAACAUUGGAUGCGUCUAAGUUUCCUAACAGACCCAAAAGGCAAGGUUCCAGUGAAGGUGGUCGCGAGAACUUUCGCCUCCGGCAAGACGGAGAAACUGGUGUACCAAUGUCUCUCUGAUCUCGGCUUGCCCGCGGGCAAGAACGAAGCUAUGGAAAAAGAGGCGUUCACGUUUGACAAAUUUUACGCGCUCUACCACAAGAUCUGCCCCAGGAAUGAUAUCGAAGAAUUGUUUAGGACUAUAACGCAGGGCAAAUCGGAUCGAAUCAAUUUGGAGCAAUUCGUGAUCUUCCUCAAUGAAAAGCAGCGUGAUCCACGCCUUAAUGAAAUCCUUUACCCACUGUACGAAGACAAGCGAGCCGUCGAGAUUAUCGAUACUUACGAACAGAACGAAGAGGCUAAAGCUGCCAAAUGUUUGACAAAGGACGGUCUGAUUCGAUACCUAAUGUCGGACGAGAACGCGCCUGUAUUUCUGGACAGAUUGGACUUCUACAUGGAGAUGGAUCAACCCCUCUCCCAUUACUACAUCAACUCGUCACACAACACCUACCUUUCCGGGAGACAGUUUGGAGGGAAGAGCUCCGUGGAGAUGUACAGACAAGUCCUUUUGGCUGGUUGCCGCUGCGUGGAACUGGACUGCUGGGACGGUAAAGGCGAAGAUGAAGAACCAAUAAUUACUCACGGCAUGGCGAUGUGUACGGACAUUUUGUUCAAGGACGUGAUCUAUGCGCUUCGAGACACGGCCUUUGUGACUUCAGACUACCCAGUGAUCCUCUCCUUUGAGAAUCACUGCUGCAAGGCGCAGCAGUAUAAGCUGGCGAAGUACUGUGACGAGAUCCUCGGCGAUUUACUCAUGAAGGAACCCCUACCGGAUUAUCCACUAGAACCAGGCGCAGCACUCCCCCCACCCUGUCUUUUGAAGCGUAAGAUCAUGAUCAAGAACAAGAGGCUAAAACCCGAAGUAGAGAAACAGGAGUUGGAGCUGUUCCGGCAGGGCCAGUUCGUUAUUGAGGACGAAGUUAAGGAAGACGCAUCCGCUGUCGCGCUGCCAGAGGAUAAGAAACCUGAAGAGAUAGUGGUGGAAGCAGCGGCCGCUGGUGACGACGCCCCACCACCGGUCCAAUACACUGGUUCCACAACUAAUGUGCACCCUUGGCUGUCUUCUAUGGUCAACUACGCGCAGCCCAUUAAGUUUAUAAGCUUUGAGGAGGCGGAGAAGCGUAACAUCCACCACAACAUGUCGUCGUUCGCUGAAACAACAGGCAUGAACUACCUCAAGAGUCAGGCUAUCGACUUCGUUAACUACAACAAGCGGCAAAUGUCCCGAAUCUAUCCUAAGGGAACCAGGGCUGACUCGUCUAACUAUAUGCCCCAGGUCUUCUGGAACGCGGGCUGCCAGAUGGUAUCCCUGAACUUCCAGACCUCCGACCUGCCAAUGCAGCUGAACCAGGGUAAAUUCGAGUACAACGGAAACUGUGGGUAUCUGUUAAAGCCGGACUUCAUGAGACGAGCUGACAGGAGCUUUGAUCCCUUCGCAGACGCGCCAGUGGAUGGAGUGAUUGCUGCACAAUGUGCUGUGCAGGUGAUAGCCGGGCAGUUCUUGUCGGACAAGAAAGUGGGGACGUACGUGGAAGUGGACAUGUACGGGUUGCCCACGGACACGAUCCGUAAGGAGUUCCGUACCCGAAUGGUGCCCGCCAACGGACUCAACCCGGUCUACAACGAGGAACCGUUCUUGUUCAGAAAAGUCGUGCUCCCGGAUCUGGCUGUGCUUCGUUUCGGAGUUUACGAUGAGAAUGGAAAACUCCUCGGCCAACGUAUUCUGCCGCUGGACGGUCUGCAGGCUGGGUAUCGCCACAUCUCGCUCAGGACGGAAGCCAACUUCCCCAUGUCUUUGCCUAUGCUCUUCUGUAAUAUUGAGCUGAAGAUUUACGUACCUGAUGGAUUUGAGGAUUUCAUGGCGGCCCUGUCUGACCCUCGAGCGUUCAUGGGCGCUGCGAAGGAGAGGACAGACAACAUGAAGGCCAUGGGCAUAGAAGAGAGUGGUCCUGAGAAGAAAGCGGAACCAGAACAGAAGAAAGAAGAACCCUUAGUCUUCGAACCGAUAACGGUGGAAUCUUUACGUCAAGACAAGGGUUUCCUGAAAACUGGUAAGAAGCAAAUGAAGGAUCUAGAAGCAAUGAGAAAAAGACACGCAAAAGAGAAGAUGCUCUUACAAAAGCAACAGUGCGCGGCUUUGGAGAAGAUGAUUAAAGGGAAAAACAAGGAACAACUUAGCAACGACACGGCGUUCCGGAACCUCGUCACCGAGCAAUCGGCUGCUUGGAGCGAGCUGGUAUCGCGACACAGGAGGGAGGAGUGCGCCGCAGCUAGAACUCGACUAGAUGACCAGAGGGAACUGCUUAAGAAGAUGAUGGAGCAGACACAACUGUCACAGAUGAAGCAACUAGAGGCUAAGCACGAGAGGGAAUUAAAAGAAAUGAACACACGUCAAGCGAAGAUUAGUGUGGAGACUAGUAAGGAAGUUGCGAACGACAAGACUCUGAAAACCAAACAGGAGAAAGACAGGCGACUAAGAGAGAAGAAACAGAAUAACAUCAAGAAGUUCAUGGACGAAAAAAAGACUCAGACAAUUAAACAAAACCGUGAAAAGGAAAAGCUAAAGGUGUCACAUGACAAGCAAGUGGAAGACCUAUCAAAGGAUAUUGAUAACCUGAUCGAGAUGUAUAAAAUGGAGGAAUCCGAAUUUGAUAUGGCGAGCAAAGCGGAAUUCUUCGCAUGA